AUGGUGGCCCAUAUGAUUGAUGGAGCGACUCGCUUGACAGCAUUGCACAUCCUGGACCGCAAGACGGCAAUCAUGAUCAUCGCAGGCAUCACCGGCGGCUGGAUACGACCUCAUGGCCCAAUGAAGCUGCUGAUUGCCGACGUCGAGGGCGGCCUCCAUGGCGAGGAGGCGUCUCAGUGGCUAGAUCGCUGGGGCAUCGAGAUGAAGGCCAAGGAGGAGGGCUCGCACGCGCAGCUGGUGGAACGCCAUCACGACCUGGCGCGCAAGAUCACCCACCGCGUGCGAGGCCAGCUUGCGGAAGAGGGCAUUGUGAUGCCGUUGGAGAUCGUGGUCGCGGAGUGUGCCCUCAUGAAGAACCUCCUCAUCACCGUGGCAGGCUUCAGUCCCUACCAGGCGGUGUACGGCCGGCUUCCGCCACUGCUCUCGGAGUUCGAACCGGUGAGCGAUUGUCAGAUUGACGAUCAGUCUGCUGGUACCCCGGGCAUCUCACGACACCAUCAUCGGCUUCGCGAAGUGGCAAUGCAAGCCAUGGUGGAGACGACCGCGAAGGAUAGGCUGCGGCGUGCGCUUCGAUCCAAGACGCGCGCUCCUCAAGAGGCGCUGCAGCUGGCUGUCGGCGACCAGGUUGACUUCCACCGGCCGCCGAGCACGCAGGAGGAGUCGGGGUCGGACCUCCAGUGCUCGUUCGAUGGCAAGGCCGAGUAUUUCAAGUGCGACCUCAGGACCUUCGACGAAGCCUCGUGCAUGUUCACGAACAACAUCUUCUUCGAGGCCGGAUCGCGCGACCCGGUGUCCACCAUCGUGAGCUACGCAGACCAGCUGGACAGCAAGACCGCGACCAUGGAGCUCGAGGCUCAAGUGGGCCAGCAGCGGAAGCUGGAGCUCCUGCUCCACUGCAUGAGCCGGUGCUUCCUAUCAAAGGAGUACGCGUUCGCCAGCUGGCAGUACAUGAAGGAGCAGGCCGCUCUGCCCGCGGUUGACACCGAGUGCGCCCAGAACGGCUCCUUCUUUGCAGCCCCGGACGCAGAUCACGUGACGGAGGCCAUGGAGGAAAUUUCUGUGAAUUGCCGACCCGACUGCGUCGAGAUCGGCAUAGGCGCUCCGUUGACGUGCUGGGUGUGCCCUGAGGCAGAGCAUGUUCGACGCCCUGGAGCAGGUGAGAUCUACGUCCUGCGCAUCUACAACACGGGCCAGCGCGAGAUCGUUGUAGAACGUGAGAUGAAUGUGCUCCCGCUAGAGGAAGCCCGAGCUCACGAAGUUGAAGUGCGCCAGGCCAUGAAGGACGAGCUCCAGCGCUGGGCGGGCUUGAAAACAUUCCAGCGCUUCCCGAAGGACCAGGCGGACAACGUCAUUGACUCGCGCUGGGUGCUCAAGUGGACGGAGAUCGAUGGCAAGAAGCAGGUGCGCGCGAGACUCACGGUGAGGGACUUCGAGGACAUGCAGUCCCCGGAGCUAUCUACGUUCGCGGGCACUACGACACGAUGGGGACAGCGACUGGUGAACCAGGUGACGGCGCAGCGCAAGUGGCGACUGUUCUCAGUGGACAUCAGCCAAGCUUUCUUGCGCGGCCUCACCUUCGAGCAGGUCGCCGCCAUGGGCGGCGAGGUGAAGCGGAAGGUGCAGUUCACCAUGCCGCCAGGAUCGAUUCCGGUUCUCCGGCAGCUGGAGGGCUACGAGGACUACAACCCUGUGACAGAGGUGUUGUUGCUCCUUCGCUGCGGGUUCGGCCUUAAGGAUGCGCCGAGGCUGCGGCAGGUCAUGUUGAAGCAAGUACUGGAGAAGACUGGGGGCAAGGCGCUCAUCAGCGACCCGCAGAUCUACGUGUGCCACAACGCGAAGGGCGAGCUUCAGAUGAUCAUGGCCUCGCACGCGGGCGACCUGAAGGGCGGCGGCGAGGGCCACCUGCGGGAAAAGGUGCCGAGCAUGAUAGAUGGCGAGUUUGGGAAGCUGAAGCGCCAGUACGACCGCUUCGAGUGCAUCGGCAUCGUGCACGAGCAGGACCUGGUGACUAAGGCGGAUCAGUACGCGAUGGAGAACGAAGAUGGCCAGGUGAGUGCGGGGAGCCACACGGCGCACAUGUCGCUGCUCGGCGGAAUAGCGUGGAUGACGCAGACGAUCGCACCAAUAGCAGUAAAUAUCAGCUACCUCCAGCGACAGGCCAAGAAGCCGAUCGUCAGGGACAUCGGGAAGAUCAACCAGCUGCUGAAAUGGAUCAUGGCGAACGUGAAGCAGCUCGGGGUUCGGUUCAUCGAGUUGGACAUGACCCUCGUACGGCUGGCCGUCAUCAGCGAUUCAGCCUUCCACGCUAUGGAGUUCGAAGGGCUGGCGAUCCGAGGCUGCGUGAUCAGGUUGCUGGAGACCAGUGAUGAGGUGCUUCAGACGGGAUCGACUAACCGGAUCGUGAUGUUGGACUGGUACAGUCGCAAGCAGAACAAUGUGAUCAGGUCUACGUACGCGGCGGAGCUGAUGGCGCUGUUGGACGCGCUCGGCACUGGAACUCUCAUGAACGUGGCGCUGACCGAGAUCAGCGAGGCUGGCGAUUUGCUGUUGAAGACGAUCGCCGCCAUCGACGCGAAGGCAGUGUUUGAUGCCAUCUCCGCCGACACCAUCAAGACCACCACGGACAAGCGGAUGUUCGUGCCGACGCUCGCGGCACGAGAGCAGACUGACCGACUACAGCUGGCUCAGCUCAGUUGGAUCGACACGAUGGACAUGUCGGCGGACGGGCUGACGAAAGGCGAGAUCGACUGGACUGCACUCGUGAGCUGGGCUUCAACUGCGAGUGGCAUCUGA